AGGAGGAGCGGCGCCCCUCCUCCUCGGCUCUGCCCGCCUUCUUUGCAGCAGUAGCCGCGCCACCGCCGUCGCUCCACUUCGUGCAAGCGUGCGGAGGUGAGCGGGCAGCCGCCGAGGCAGGACCGCGCGGCGCCUCUUGCCGCUGAGAGGGGAGGCGGACACUCUCGGUUUCCGCAGGAGACGGGCGAAGGGCACGGAGAGGCGCCCGCUGAAACGCUAGCGGCGAAAGACCGGGCUCGGCUCCCAUGCCGUGAACUGCACGGCUCCCCGGAGGCAGGACGCGAGCGCCGGAGGAAGCGGCGGCUGUGUGGAAGAAAAUGUCAGUCAGCAUGCAUGAGAAUCGGAAGUCUAGAGCCAGCACUGGCUCUAUAAACAUAUAUUUAUUUCACAAAUCAUCUUAUGCUGAUAGUGUUCUCACUCAUCUGAACCUUCUGCGUCAACAGCGUUUAUUUACAGAUGUGCUUCUCCACGCUGGGAACAAGUCAUUCCCUUGCCAUAGAGCUGUCCUAGCUGCUUGCAGUCGCUAUUUUGAAGCCAUGUUCAGUGGUGGUCUUAAAGAAAGCCAAGCCAGUGAAGUCAAUUUCCACAAUUCCAUCCAUCCAGAGGUUCUAGAACUACUCCUGGACUAUGCUUACUCUUCAAGAGUCAUCAUCAAUGAAGAAAAUGCAGAGUCCCUUUUAGAGGCAGGUGAUAUGUUGGAAUUUCAAGACAUUAGGGAUGCUUGUGCAGAAUUCUUAGAGAAGAACCUUCAUCAUACUAAUUGUCUUGGCAUGCUGCUUCUGUCGGAUGCUCACCAGUGCACCAAACUUUAUGAGCUCUCUUGGAGGAUGUGCCUUAGCAACUUCCAGACCAUCAGCAAAAGUGAAGAUUUUCUCCAGCUUCCAAAAGACAUGGUUGUUCAGUUGCUCUCUAGUGAAGAAUUAGAGACUGAAGAUGAACGAUUAGUUUAUGAGUCUGCCAUGAACUGGAUUAACUAUGAUCUAAAUAAACGCCACUGUUAUCUGCCAGAACUACUGCAGACUGUGCGAUUGGCUCUUUUGCCAGCCAUCUAUCUAAUGGAAAAUGUAGCUACUGAAGAGCUUAUCACCAAGCAAAGGAAAAGCAAAGAGAUUGUAGAAGAAGCAAUCAGGUGCAAAUUGAAGAUUCUGCAGAAUGACGGUGUAGUUACUAGUUUAUGUGCUAGGCCUCGAAAAACUGGGCAUGCCUUAUUUCUUCUGGGAGGCCAAACUUUUAUGUGUGACAAAUUAUAUCUUGUUGACCAAAAAGCAAAGGAGAUCAUUCCAAAAGCUGACAUCCCAAGUCCAAGGAAGGAGUUCAGUGCAUGUGCAAUUGGCUGUAAAGUCUAUAUUACUGGUGGUCGGGGAUCUGAAAACGGAGUCUCUAAAGAUGUUUGGGUAUAUGAUACACUUCAUGAAGAAUGGUCCAAAGCAGCUCCAAUGCUAGUUGCUCGGUUUGGCCAUGGUUCUGCUGAACUCAAACACUGUCUGUACGUUGUAGGAGGUCACACAGCAGCCACUGGUUGUCUUCCAGCUUCUCCUUCAGUAUCUUUAAAGCAAGUAGAACAGUAUGAUCCUGUGACAAACAAGUGGACAAUGGUUGCCCCACUUCGAGAAGGAGUAAGCAAUGCUGCUGUAGUUAGUGCAAAGUUAAAACUAUUUGCUUUUGGUGGUACCAGUGUCAGUCAUGAUAAGCUUCCAAAGGUACAGUGUUAUGACCUGAGUGAAAACAGGUGGACUGUGCCAGCCACUUGUCCUCAGCCAUGGCGAUACACAGCUGCAGCUGUUCUGGGUAACCAGAUUUUUAUUAUGGGUGGAGAUACUGAAUUCUCUGCUUGCUCAGCUUACAAAUUCAACAGCGAAACCUAUCAGUGGACUAAAGUGGGAGACGUGACAGCUAAGAGAAUGAGUUGCCAUGCUGUUGCAUCUGGAAACAAAUUAUAUGUUGUGGGGGGCUACUUUGGGAUCCAGAGAUGCAAAACACUAGAUUGCUAUGACCCCACGCUUGAUGUGUGGAACAGCAUAACCACGGUGCCCUAUUCACUAAUUCCAACUGCAUUUGUGAGCACAUGGAAGCAUCUCCCUUCUUAACUGCAUGUGGGCCUAUACAGUUUAUUACAUUAUAUGCUGAAUAAACCUUGGAACCAACUGCGGAGAAGUGGUUUUAAUGAAGAAAUUUCUUUUUGGAAUUUGAAGAAGAUAUUCUGCACCUUCUAAAUUCUUAGAAAGUUGGAAAUGAAGGAAUGGGAGUGGGAAUAUUGUUUUCAGUAUAUCAGCACAUGGUUUAACUAUGAAUGAAUGAACCCAUGAUCUGGUCCUUGUGUUAGUAAUUGUGGAUUAAUGUCAAGUUUAAUAAUCCUUUCAAAGUAGGGGGAGGUAAGGGGGGAUGAACUUUUCAGAGCUGCAUAACACAGCACAGCCCUCAAUUUUCAUGGACUUAGCUUUUUGUGUGCAAAAUUUGAAAUGGUUGUCACCUCCCUUUGUGACAAUUUGAAGUGUCAACAGCAGCUGCAAAGGAAGCGGACAAGGCCCGGAUCAGCAAUCCUGGAUCAGCAAGACAUAUUUCUUUGUGAAUGAAGAUGCAGCUCUGUCCCUUCCAUGGGGAAAAGCUUUGUCCUAGGCAGUGCCAGGAGCAUCAGUUUAAAUGGUUGAGCUGCAUUGUGGCUCUAAAUUACUUUCUAAAGAGCAGCAGCUCAAUUAUUGAAAAUUUUUUUUUCAGCAUCUGUGGGAAAGACAACUCUUCUCUGCAUACACACAAUUUAUUUUUUCUUGUAUUUAUUAAUUAUGACUGUCCUUCUAAAUUGUUACUUGUAGAUACAGCUAUUUAUUGUUCAGUGCUUGCAUGCUGAAACAAUGCCUGGAGUCAUUUUCAAGUUAUAAGGGCUUAUGGGAAUCUUAUGUUUUGCACAUUCUGUGAUCUCGGACUUGCUCUGCUGCACAAGAAAAAGGCUAAAUAAUAUUUGAGAAGAGAAUUAGGUAGGGGUCAGAAAUGGAAGUAUUACAAGAUAGCAUCUUAAAUUACAUAUGUACUGAAGGAAGAAGCCAUGGAGGUUGUUUUCUCAGGCCGCUGACUCCCUAAAUUACAUAUGUGGCCUGCUGAUAGUAUUUCUGUUACACUUUAUUUGCCAAGUCAUGCCUUUUGAAUGACAACAUCCAGAAAGAGAGAAAAUAGCUUUCAUAGCUUUCUUUUUGUGCAGCCUCAUCAUUAACUGGAAAGGGGAUUGGAGGGAAAUUGUACAGAACCAUUUUUCUGUAGAGUCUUUCCAAUUUGUGAUACCAUCCAGUUUUGUUUAUUUAUUUAUUUAUAGCUGAUGGGAUGUUUAAUGUGCCAUUUAUAUGACCAGGGGAAUUUUUUUCUCUUGAAAAAGAUGUGAAACCUGGGGGGAAAGGUUAGUUUCUGUUUAAAUUAAUGCUAAUUUACUUGGUUUAUCUUCUUGGAUUAAAAUGGUAUUAACAUACAUUGUCUCCCAUCUGUUUCUUACAAGUUUAGAUAUAAUAAUUAGAAUGAUCAAAGGGGAGCAUGAAGUUGCUAAAUUCAUUUAAUAUUCUUUUGCAUUAAUUAGCAAAUUGAGCUUUCAGAGGCAUAGUAGCUGGAAGUAUCACAUAGGAUCCUGAUCAAUUAAAGGAUUUUUAAAUGUCCUCCAGCAUCAUCUUAUUUUUUGGCUUGAAUAUAAAAGUAAACCACCUCAUUCCCUCCUGGUGUACUUAACCUAUAGUUCCUUUGUCCAACUUUCUAGUUGUGCUUUUCAUAAGAAUUGCUACAGCCCAAACGAUAUACUGCUACCAGUCCUCCAUUGUGGUUGGUUGUCUUGUCUUAAUGUUGUGUAAGCAAAUUAUUUUGAAAUGCAUGCAUGCAUGCUUAAAAAGUUAUAUGAUCAUGUCUGCUUACAUUUUGAUAAUGUAGCUCAAUUCUUGACAGUUUUUACUGUAAGGACCAACACUUUGUGGUCAUGGCACAAUCCUGUAUGUGUUCACUCAGAAGUAAGUUGUAUUGUGUUAAUUUGGGCUUACGCCACAGUAAACAUGUUAAGGAUUGUAACAGUUGGCUUUAGAAAACUUUCUCAUGUUGCCAUAGGUUUUUUUCCCUCUGAUUCUCAAUAUAUAUGCAUUUCUUAUGUGUUACCUUAAGUAAGAAAUGAAUGUAUGUGAAGGUUCUCAAAUUGUUAGUUGUGGUUCUUAGCAUGGGUAGCAGAGAGGAUUGAAAGAAAGUCUGAAUUAUAUAACUCAUAAACAUUGUCUUGUGAGCCUCUAUUGAUUUACAUAUUAUUGACCAAAGUCUGAUUUUUCUGGUCAGUCUGACCAAAAAAGAUUGGUCAGUUGCCUUCAUUUAAGAAUGACUGUACUUCUGUGAUUCAGAUAUCCAAGGGUAAAGUGAUAUGAAUGUUCAUAUCACUGGGGAGUUUGAUAGUCAGUACACCACUAUGCAAGCUAAUGCACAUAGUACAGCUGCAUUAACUUAUGGAAGGCUAAAGAUACAAUUUGUUGGUGGUCACUGUUUAUCCUAGAAGGACUCGAUGGUAUUGAUUGGUGCUUUUGCAAGGCAAAUUGGGAAAACUAGAAAAAGCCGUCACCAUCAAAUUUACAAAGCUACAAUAAUUAAAUCCAGUUACUAUGAAACCCUAUCUGUGCAAAUUCUAUCCAAAUGUCUCUUAACUUAUAUUUGGAUUGGAGAUAUUUUUGCUCUUAUAAUUUACAUGCAAAUAAAACCAUUAUAAGCACCAGCACUAUAUAUAUUUUUGCAUUCAUUUUAUAUAGGCAUUAAUGGCUUUUUUUUUUGCAUAGAAGGGUCAAAACAUACUUUGUUGUGAGAAGUGACAGAAUUCCGUCUGCUCACUUCUCCAUGGAAUCGUUGAGCUUAUAAUACAAAUCUGUUUUGUAAUACCAUCCAGUUUCCUAAAGUGUCUGAAGUUUUUGCAGUUGCAUUUCAAAGCAGUAGCUUGCUUUCAAGUCCUUGGAUUUAAUUCAUGGGUAUAGGCAGAAGGGAACUGAAAAUCAGGGUGGGCCUCUAGCCCUGCAGGCGAAUAUUUUGGGCUUUUACUCUUUGAAUCGACAUGGGAAUCUUGAUUCGCUACUUGGUGAUUUCCAAUCUGAAAAACAGCCCACACUUCUGAGACAAAUGCAGUUCACAUAAGAGUGCACACAAAAACCUUGGCAUAAGACGAGAAAGUUCUUCGUAUUUUGUGCGCCAGUUGCUGUGGAAACGUUAAACAAAGGACAACCUACCACUUCUGGUAUAAUUGUGUAGCCCCUUUUCUUUAUGCCUGACACCUGUCUGAAUAAGAGUGAUUAGAGCUGAAUAGUGUCCCUUGUCUGGCAACUGAAGAUGUGGUUCAUGUACAAAAAAAAGUGAAGUAAAAUGUCUAUGUUCUCUUUGUAUGCUACUACAUUUUGAGGUUUUGUAAAAUUGCAUUUUUUUCACAAUGUGAAACUGAAGGUCAAUAAAUUAUUAGAGAUUUUCUCUUAAAUAAGCAA